CGGAUAGGGAGAGAGAAAGAGAGAGAGAGAAUCUGUACUGUACUUGGUGGCAGAAACCGCCGCGAAUGAAUAAGACUUAAAUGAAUUCAGGGCUGGUGAUGAAGAAGAAGAAGGAGGCAAGCGUAUUAAGCGUUGGUGCUUUUACCAAAGCCAAAGCCCAAAGCCGCUGGUGUUCCCAUCCCAUGCUCCUGCAAUUGCAAACCAAACCCGAUCUCAUCAUCCCCAACCGGACCCCUCCUCCUCAUCAUUUCAAUCGAGAGAGACAGAAAGAGAGAGAGAGAGAGAGAGACUCUGAAGAAGAGAAACAUUGAAUGGAGGAGCAGUUUUAAUUUCGGUGGUUGUCUCCUUUCUCUGGCCCUUUUGAUUUAUUGGUCUUGUCUCCAUCUGAGAAGCCUUUUAAAUAAAAAAGAAACCCAUUUUUCCUCAAAAUCAUCCUAAUCCUCCUCCUCCUCCUCCUGGCUCAAACAAAAUCAUAUAUAUAUAUAUAUAUAUAUAAAGUAUUCGAUACCCCAAAACAUCACCUUAUUUUCCCUCUCUUUCGUCGCUUCCUCUUCUGAGAGCUAAUUAAAAGGUUUUCUUUUCUGAUCUUAGAGCUUAAACCUUCUCUAGAAAUGGAGUUUUCUCGCUAAAAUGCGCCACAUUUGAGGCUAUUACGCUAUGCUGAAGAAGAGAUCAAGAGCAACCACCAAGCAAGCUCCAAUGGCGGAUUGCAGCUCUCUAUCUUCGCCAACCGGAAAAUACACCAGGCUCACUACUUCCAUUUUCAGCUCUCUUGCUUCGAAAAGCUUCACUGAAACCGAAUCUGUUCUGAGCCCAACUUCCAUCGUCGACACCAUACCAUUCCCCGCCCUGAAAAACCCCUUCUGGUCAGAUAAACAAACUCUAAAAUUCCCAAAACCAGAGACCAGAACCCAAUGGGAAAGAUUGGAUUACUCCCGACGGGUUGGUCUCGGCAUUGUCGACGCUCUCGCCGAUGAAAAUUCCGACCCAAUAUUGCCCAAAUCUAAUAGCCGAAUGGUUCUGUUCGGAUCACAGUUGAAGAUCCAGAUUCCCUCCUCUAUUCUUUCCACCGUUCAAUCUCCCAAAUCGCCGGCCGAUUUCGGGAUCAAGACGAGGACUUCUCAGCUGGGUUCCUUCUCGCCGUCUCUUGGGACGAAGUCGCCGUUUGGCUCUGCGAAUUCCGGCCCAGAAACCCCCAAUUCUCCGGCGACUUUCACCGUCCCUGCUUCUGAAAUGGAGCUCUCCGAGGAUUACACUCGCGUGAUUUCUCGCGGCCCCAAUCCGAGAACAACCCAUAUUUUCGAUGAUUGCGUUGUUGAGAUCUCUGCUGCUUCCAAAAUGGAAAAUGGGUUUUACUAUAAUCGGUCAUUGAGCUUUCCAUCGGAGAGUUUCCUCAGCUUCUGUCACACUUGCAGGAAGAAUCUCGGCCAAGGAAAAGACAUCUACAUUUAUAGGGGUGAGAAAGCUUUCUGCAGCAGCGAGUGCCGGCACAAGGAAAUGAUGCUGGAAGAGAAGAUGGGAAAGUUGGAGUCUUGACGACGUUUAUGGGCUUUUCCCUGAAAAUUCCUUCAAUUUUCUUUCUUUCUUUCUUGGCUUCAAAGAUCUGUCAUUAUGUAAAUUCAUCAUGUUCAUUGGGUGGAAAUCAAAAUCAGCAGUUUUCUGCACAUGGUUGUCAAUCAAUGGAGU